AUGUUUGGAUUCGUCGAUUCGUCAGCUUUCGUUGUGGCGUGCAUCACUGAAGUUGUAGUCCACCCAAGAGAGAGUCCGCGAGUCGAGGUCGCCGCAAUCUUCUCCGAGCGAACAUGUUUCUACACACAUUUGAGCCCUCGGGAGAUACAAAUUAAAAUAUCCUCUGAUCAACAAUUUAUCAAGAGCCUUAUCCAUGGAUUGCUGUUAGCAUUGAGUUUCUUAGAUAUACAGAAUAAGGAAGCGCUAACGGAAAUUUCCGACGAGAUCACGAGGGUUGGUGACAUUGGAUUUUAUAAGUUUACAGACGAAUAUACACAAAGCAUUGUGUGA